AGUGUUGUGCGUUGCCUUUGGCAUCCCAAGCUGAACCAGAUCAUGGUUGGUACAGGAAAUGGUUUGGCCAAAGUGUACUAUGAUCCUGUCAAAAGCCAGAGGGGAGCAAAAUUAUGCGUGGUCAAAACAAAACGAAAAGAGAGACAAGCAGAGACUCUUACACAGGAUUACAUUAUAACACCCCAUGCACUUCCGAUGUUCCGUGAACCACGACAGCGAAGCACCAGGAAACAGCUGGAGAAGGAUCGUCUGGACCCCAUGAAGUCUCACAAACCUGAGCCUCCAGUAGCAGGACCAGGUCGCGGUGGGCGUGUUGGAACUCAUGGAGGUACCUUGUCAUCAUAUAUAGUCAAGAAUAUUGCACUGGAUAAGACAGAUGAUAGCAACCCUCGAGAGGCUAUUUUACGUCACGCAAAGGAAGCAGAGGAGAAUCCGUACUGGGUUGCUCCAGCAUAUGCUAAAACGCAGCCAAAAACAGUUUUUGCAGAAGUGGAAACAGAAGAUGAUGAAACAGACAAGCCAGAGUGGAAAAAACGUAAAAUUUGAAAAAUUUGAUUUAAAUAAUAAUUCUAGAAUAUUUGAAACCAUGUGCAGCAUUUAUUUCUUUAUUUUGUGUAGUGAAUCAAAAUUUGAAAGCAAAAAUUACUUCAUAAAACUUGCAGUAGUGUAAAAAGAGAUGGUUGUAUUACACUGGAUUGUAAUCUCACAUCUGAACUUUGUAAUAAUUAAUUAUAUUGUGCGAAGAACUCCUCUCUGUAUCCGUUAUUUAGUGUCGUGAUUAAAGUGAAAAAUAUUUCUUUAUAAACAGAACUUUGGUGAAUUCAUUACAUCGCCAAAUGUUUUUUUUUAAUUAUUGCCCACUUGACAAAUGCUGUGUCAUGACAGUG